CACCGUAUUUCUCAUCUUACUCUUCCAUCACGCUCUCCCCAUCAUCCAAGUCUCAUACUGAAUCAUCUAAAGUAUUAAGUGUUGACCUACUAGCGAAGAAUGCUUUCAUGGCUUGAGCCGUCGCUUUACUCUUCGAAGAGUGGGCUGUUUAUCACGGUCAUCAUACUUGGUUCCGCUGUUUGGUACGCCAUCUCUGCAGUGAUAGCAUGGCAUCGCUUACGGCAGUUUCCUGGGCCUAUGGCGGCAAGCUUCUCGUAUCUCUGGGGAUUCUUCGCCAUGAAAACCGCCCGUAUGAAUAACAUACUUGCGGAGGAGCAACGUAAGCACGGCAAAGUUAUGCGUAUAGGUCCCAACGAACUCGUGGUGUAUGACCCAGACAUACUGUGGCAAAUCAACGGCGUUCGUUCAACCUACGACCGUGGCGACUGGUACGCCAGUAUCAAGUUCGACCCUUACGGAAACAGUGUCCUAUCUGAGCGGGAUACCGCGAAGCAUGAUAAGCGAAAGGCACAAAUAGGGGCUGCAUAUGCAGGGAAGGGGAACGUGAACCUCGAGAAAAAGGUCGACUCCCAACUAUCGAUCCUAAUCAACAUUCUGAAGACGAAGUACCUUAAGCAUGGUGGCGCCGGGAUCGUCGACUUCAGUCAGCUCAUCCGAUACUUUCAAGUCGAUCUGGUAACCCUUGUCGGUUCCGGCGAGCCUUGGGGCGACCUAGUUCAUGAGAAGGACCACUUCGACUUCAUCUCCAUUGCGGACAGCAUCGUCCCCUUCCUGCAUUGCAUGAUGAUGAUACCCUUGUUCCGGGACUUCUUCGCGUCACAAUUCUUCCUCAGCUUGGCUGGCCCCAAAGAAACGGACGAAAAGGGAAUGGGGAAAUUCUUAGGGAUUAUCAAGCGUACUGUCGAGAAGCGGUUUAGUGGUGAUCUCGACCAGACCAAUCGCCAGGGAGAUAUGCUCGACGAAUGGAUUAAGCAUGGGCUGACCCGCCGAGAGUGCGAAUUGGAGCUCGCCAUUCAGCUGCCUGCGGGGUCCGAGACUACGACGACAGCCUUAAGAGGCAUCAUGCUGUAUGUCCUGUCAGCACCUAGCGUUUACCGAAAGCUGCAAGAGGAAAUCACGGUAGGCAUCCGAGAUGCACGUAUUUCGAGUCCUAUCACCCAGGAAGAAGCGAGAAGGCUACCGUACUUACAGGCCGUGAUACAAGAGGGCCUACGAAUGGUGUCCCCCGUCGUCAUGGGCUUCCCGAAGCGGGUGCCCGCCGGCGGCGACACGAUCGACGGGAAGUUCGUGCCGGCCGGCACCGACGUCUUCGUCAACUUCUGGAGCAUGCUGCGGAACCGGGACACGUUCGGCGAGGAUGCCGACGUGUUCCGCCCCGAGCGCUUCCUCGAGUGCGACGAGGUCAACAGGGCGUAUCUUGCGAAGAACGUCGAUUUGGCGUUCGGCCACGGCCGCUGGAUGUGCCCUGGCAAGACGCUCGCGUGGAUCGAGCUCAAUAAGAUCUUUGUUGAGCUGUUCAGGAAUUUCGAUUUCCAAAUCGUGAACCCCGAGUCCCCUUGGAAAUGCUGGGGCUACUCGAGUUUUCUAAUCGACGACUUUUGGAUUCGCGUGAUGGAAAGGGAGUGUUGAUCUUGAUCUUGAUGGGAAGUAACAUGAAGUUAUGGCUGUUCAUUAAUAAUCUGGAUGAUGCUAAUGUAGUCAAUUGUUUGAUGCCAUCCCCCCUUUUCUGGUUAGCUAGGUUUUGAGCAGAGUAAUAAUACGGUUCUCUGAGUUAUGUUAUGGCCUAGGUGUGUACGAGCUUACGAUUGUCCACUUAUGUUAAUGUUGUUGAUUUCAUAAUUGUCUCGAUAGUUAAUAGUUGGGUAUACAUCUACCUAAUACAAGUCUUGAUACAACGUUGCCUAUGUACAUACCUACCUACCUGGUGCCCAACUCAUCAAUAAAUCAGGUGUUUGGUUUGAGGAGAGUGAACCUAAGAAUGCCUAAAGCAUUAAAGCAUGCCUGUAGAGAGGAGUGUUCCCGUGUCAAGAGUAUACUGUUUUGACUGAUUAGUAGACAACUCAUCGCUUCUAACUUCACCG